UGUUUUCCUUUCGUAUUGGAAUUGUCGCUCUCUCUAUCAUCGUCCUGUAAAGUAGUGAAACGGAGAGACGCUCUGUCUUACUCAAGCUAUAAGUAUACGCCCUGCUGAAUUUCUUAGGCUUCGAACUAGACUGGAUCUGCGUUUGUGAAGGUAGGCAAAGUCUCUGUCAUUCCUUUAUGGCUUUCGCUGAUGAGAACACAUGUACAAGGCCGGUUACAUUUCCCUAAGAACACAUCUGACCAAGGCAUGUAGGUUAAAUGUAUGUAUUCACGUAAGUUAACAACAAUCAUUCCUGUAUUCUAGCCGCAUAUUCCCGUUCGAACUUCAAAGGGUGAAAGGUUCCGGACUCACGUUAUAGAGGCAGCUUCUAAACCUUAUAAUGCGCGGCGCUUCUGACAUGUGGAUCAGCCCGUAGCGUCGUAACGCCGUGCUAUUUCAACCAUUUGACUACUUGAUAACAGCGAGCUUUCUUUUCCACUUCACUCUGGAGCGUUGCUGGACAGUCUUGUGUCUGUCUCUGAGCCAGUGUCUAAUAAUAAGGGCGACGCAUAUACUCAGGUGCGUGGUUGAAGUUGUCAAGGAAAAGGAUAUGCUUGCCGCUCACGCGACAGUAGUUCCACUCUCGCAUUGCUCAUCAUCAUGCUUGCCCUUCCAGGUCCACCCGGCUGGACUCCAGAGCCAUUCUCUUACCAUUACACUCCCGCACCUCCCAUUUUUCCCGUCGAGGUCUUCGAACGCAUCAUCGACUUCUGCGCGCACCCAGCCAACCUCCCUAACGCCCUCAGCGAUUCUCGAGCCACGCUCAGAAUCUGGGCUCUCACUUGUACAGCUCUGCUUCGACGAAGUCGUUAUCACCUCUGGCGGGAGAUCCGUCUCAGGGAUGCAGAAGAAGUGAACGCCCUCGUUCGAACGUUACGUAACAACACGCAUAUACACACAUUCAUACGGUUCCUCGACGUGUGGCUCGACGCGCCCUCCUCGAUCUUUACCUCGCUUAUGAUCGCCAAACUUCCUCAUCUGCAGUAUAUCCAUAUCAGCGGUGAACGACCGCUUCGUCAUAAAGACUUCUUCCCAACUAUGAAGCAAUUCAAGACUGUGACUAUGCUCUGGAUCUCGUUUCGUAUACAAGCCCAGCAGCUAAUGAGGCUGCUGUGUUGUUUUCCGAAUCUUCAGUUCCUGAGAUUGGAUGGGGAAGAUGAUUGUUACGCACCGAUACCUCGAGCCAAACAUUAUGCACCCAAGUUCCAACUGGAGUGUCUACAGUUCAAGUUUUCCUCUCGUGAGAGUCAGAUCAAGGCUUGGAGAUACGUCCUUCGGUGUCUUGCGGAUGCGCCUGGCUGCUUGAAUUCAUUGAAGAUUUUGGAUUUGGAUUUCCAUGAUACCUGGGACGGCAUGCAUUUCGAUAUGGAGCGUAUCUCGUUCAUCCUGUCCGCUGCUCACGCGACACUUGUCGAAGUCGUAAUUACACAUUCGCAUGACUGGAAUACCGAGGACCAGGGAGAGAACUUUCCAAACGCAAUCAACUUCCUAUCGUUCAGUGACAACGCAGCCUUACGCCGACUUAUCAUCCGAUUCGACUGGAUUGGACAAAAGGACUUGUCUGGACUUUUGCAAGUCUUGGAAACCAUCCCUGCUGGCGUUUUGGAAUGUCUAGCCAUGGAGUUUAGGAAGAUGUCCCUGCUCGAGAUCGAUUCACUUUGGUGGCAAGAUCUGGAUAAGUUGUUAUGCAGUGACCGCUUCAAGUCAUUGCAUUCAGUCGAAUUGAGUUAUUCUGAUGGCAAAUUCGCAGAAGUGUUGACUGGGUUGAAGGCAAAAGGGAUUUUGAGACUUGCUCUGCCGUCUAAUUUACCGGUUGGUCGUUGGAUGCGUCGUCGUGAUUUCUGGUUGUGAGGUGCCGAUGACCAGUACGUAUAUGUCACGACGAGUUGUCAAUAUAACAUCUGUACCGUCAAGGGUCUCGUCAUAUUGAUAAAGAUGUAUGACCAUCACGAACAGAAUGUAACUUUCCGAGUACAUCUGUUCAUUAGAUCAGAGAAGCGUUGUAACCUGG